UUUAGCGGUGAUGGGAGAUGGGUAUUCAACUUCUACCCAGUUCACGACGUGCAUGUUGAACUCCACGAGUCAGUCAUCGCCAGUGUAGAAGGUGCGGUCAUAGCUUAUUAAAUAGCCAGCGUUUUAUGAGUCACAAAAUCGAACUUAUUCAUUAACGAAACCAAAGAAAAACAAUAAGAACGAAUUUAAAAUGUUGAUGUGCCAAAUGGUGGUGGUAUGUUUCGUUUUUUGUGCUCUACUUGUGGGAAGUUCUGUUGCCCUGAACUGUUACCAAUGUUCUGGGAGCGAUCCCGAGAAGCCUUUCCAGUGCAAUGAAUGGCUCACGAGCGAUAUAGAUAUACAACCAGAACCUUGUGAUAAUGUCUACGGUGCCAAAUAUUGCGUAAAACAUGUUGGCAGAUUCGAAGGAGGGAUUGGCGCCAAAAGGUUCUGCUCCUCUUUGGACCUCGGAAAUUACUGCAACUACGUGCAACAGCCUGGCGACAUACUGACGUACAGAACUUGCAUCUUUACUUGUGCAGGGGACGGUUGUAAUCCCUCCGCAUCUAUAAAACCUACCUACACUCUUCUGGCGCCCUUAGGACUUCUUAUUUUCAGACUUGUGUAUGAGCUACUCAGAUAGAAUAUCCCGAUAAACUUUGUUUUUUUUGUUAAAUUGACAAGCAAUCAUGUGACUAGAUGUGAAUAAUAGAGAAUUGAUAUUUUGCGUCGAAACUCUAUUCUUGUUGUUCUCUGAGUGUAAUCAGUUUUAAUGUGUACAUAAUUAUCUUAAGUUAAUUGUAGUUACAAGUUAAUCGCGCUACAUUUUAUACAUAAAUAAAUACAAAUUAAUUUGU